UAAAAACGAUAAAUCAAAAAAACGACAAAUGGGAUCUUGCUUUACCAGUGACGGAAGAAUGUACCACACGGGGGACACUUACACCGAUAACUGCAUACUCUACAUCUGCCUUAUCGAUGAUGGGUACCCCUUGGGAACAGACGAAUCUUGUUGUUUGGGUGAGGAUAUGAACUUACACCCGGAUAGUUCUACUUACGACGUCUACUGUCAGACCUACCUGUGUGAUAACGGGACACAGAAUAUCACUAACACCAACGUCACCGAGUGCUGCGUGGACAUGAACGGGCAAUGGUAUGAGAAUGGAGAAAUAUUUUCCGUUGACUGCAAGGAGUGGGUGUGUGCUGACGGCAUCGCGAUGGAGACAGGCAGCCCAACAGCUGAGUGUUGCAUCGGUCCAGAUAACCAGCCACGAUUCAAUGGCCAGACCUUCUCCGUCGACUGCAUAGCUUACAUGUGUGUAGACGGUAUGGUGCUCCCUUCGCCAGCCCAUGUCACUGAGUGCUGCGCCGAUGAGCUCGGUCGCUGGUACGAAAAUGGAGAGAGCUUUACUGUUAACUGCGUCGAAUAUUAUUGCAAUGCCGGGACAUCUAUGAGGAACCCUGGUAGUCAUACUCCCGAAUGUUGCAAUGACAUAGACGGAAACUGGUACGCCAAUGGCCAGACGUAUAUCCACCAGUGCCAAGGUUACACUUGUCUUGGAGGAGCGUCUGCCUAUCUCCCAGGGAUGGUACAGGCGUGCUGCGGAACCCAGGACGGACGUUGGUAUCGAGACGGAGAAACAUUUACGGAGAAUUGCGUCGAAUACGUGUGCCAGGGAGGGUUCCAGGAGAGACUUCACCAAGGCCACCAGGCGGUCCAUAACUGUUGUCGCGACGUGGAUGGGGAAUGGCAUGCGAACGGAGAGACAUACGUGUUCAUGUGCGACGUCUUCCUGUGCGAGGACGGCUCUUCGGUCCUUCAGCACGAGACAGUAGAUAGAUGCUGUAUGGAUAGCAUGGGCGAAUGGCAUGCAAAUGGAGCUUCGUACAGCGACCAGUGUAAAGAGUUCAUCUGCAACAGCGGCAUUGCAUCAUUCUCACAUUACCCGGCAAACGACUGCUGUAAGGACACCACGGGUAACUGGCACCAACACAUGGAGACUGUAACGAUAGGUUGUGAAGUAUAUAUUUGUAUCAAUGGCACCAAUACAUGGACACCUGGGCACGCCGAGGAAUGCUGCGCGACAGCCAAGGCAAACUGGUACGCAAGGUUUACUUUUCUACGACAAUGGGAAACGAGUACUUGUGAAAAUGGCCUCUCUGUGCUCGUUAAACUAAGGCGUCAGCACGUAGAGAAGGCGGAGGAGAGAUGA